CGCGCUGAGCGGGCGCGCCCCCGGCCAGCGGAGGAGGAGGAGGAGGAGGAAGAAGGACAAGCCCCGUCGUGGCUGCCGUCGUCCGUCCCGUUGCCCAGGAUGGAGGAGUCAGCCCAGCCGAUAACAUAUUCGUCUGGGGCUCAGAAGAGAAAAAAAUCACACCCCAUUCCAGAGGUGAACCAGAAGCUCCCCAAAACUGUGACUCCCUUUCUGCUCCUGAGCUCGGAGUCGGAACAGGACACGGACUCCGACGGCACAUCCGGGAAGAGCUCUGAGGAGAACCUUGUAAACGGAGAAGCCCUGGAUCUCUCGAUCGCCAAACAGACCCUUUCCAGAGCAGUAAGCAGAGGUGAGAGCAAACCCCUGGACCGAGUGGACAUCAGUAAUGAUGAAGAUAUUGGCUUGUUGAACCGCAUGAGUCUGAGUGAUGUGCAAAAGAGAGGCGUUUUAGUCAACCAGUGGGUACCGCCUUCAAAUUUCCAGUUUCCAAAAAGACUGACGGGCUCUGGGACUAGCCAGAAGCAUUGCCGCUGCAGCACCCAGCUGCUCCAAGAGUAUAAAUUCGCCCGCUACUCGCCAUAUCUAGACGGGGUCUUCUGCGGACCCUGUUUUGUUUUUAACAGCAGCAAGGAAGCAGUUUUGGUCUCCACCCCCUUGAAGGAUUGGUCCAACGGCAAGAAAAUCCUGGAGAGACACAGCCGAUCGAAAGAGCACGGGCGGGCGGCUGCGAGGACCGAGCUGUUCGUCGCCUUUGAGCACGAGAAGAAAUCGACAGGGUGGAGCCGCCACGCCCUCAGACAGAUCGUCAAAAUCAUCAUCUUCUGUGGGAGGCAGAAUGUUUUACUGGGAGGGAGGUUCAACAGCGCCAAGACGGUGCACGCUAUCUCACGUUAUGUGGCCGAACUGGACCCAGUCUUGAAAGAGAACCUCAGCCAAGCCCCAUACGGCCCCUUGGACACGUCAGAAUGGAUGCAGAGCAAACUUGCCGAGCUCACCGGCCUCCAGAUUCAGAGCAAGAUUCUGGAGAGGGCUAAAGCAGCCACAUUCUUCAGUUUGAUAGCGGACGGGAGCACCGACGUUUCCACGAAAGAGAACAUCUCCCUCUCCGUGCGUUACGUUCACCGGAGCGGAGAGGGCCAGGUGGAACUUCGAGAAGAUCCGAUUGACUUCGUAGAGGGCUUUGACACAACGGAGAGAAGCCUGACAGAGCUCUUUCUGCAGAAAAUCUCAGCUUGGGGCUUGCGGAAGGAGCUGCUGAGAGGCUACAGCUACCAGGGGGGCAGUCACAUGAGCGGGCAGCUGGCGAGGAUUUGUGACAUCCUGCCCGAAGCCGUAUACUCAGCCUCUAAGACCCACGAGCUCAACCUGGCGAUCGUUCGAUCCUGUGCUGUGAGGCCUGUGGCUAAACUGCUGGAUACGCUGGGGAAAGUCACUGUGGUGCUGAAGUGGUCUAUGGAGCGCUUCGGCCCCUCCCUUGCAGACUUGCAGGAAUUCCUGAACGUGGACGGGGAAACCGGAGAGGAAGAGGAAGAAGAGGAGGAUAAUCUCCGACACCUCAGCCGGGUGGACGCCCUAAGCUGCUUCAAAGCCAAAUAUGCAGCGGUCUUGGGCGCUUUGCAGAAAUUGGCCGAUGACAGCGGGGAUGCUGAAAGACUCUUGUAUUCCAUCACCAAGUUUGACUUCCUGGUGAGCCUGGUGUGUGUUGAGCACGUCCUUGCGUGCACCCGAUCUCUGCACCUGGAUAUGCAGCGCGCCGACACCGAUCUCAUCCACACGUCCGACGAGGCCAACCUCAUCAUCCAGAGGUUCGGGAGAAUGAAAGACGACGGUGACCCGGGGUUCGAGUCGCUUUACGAUGAAGCGAAGCGAUUGGCCGACGCUGCAGGUGUCCGGGAGUCGCCACCGGGCUUCGGAGGGCGGUCGGCCCCCCUGGGCGGCCCCCCGGCUGAGGACAUCCAGGAGGGCUACAGGCGGGAUCUGUUUGUGCCAUUUCUGGACCACGUCAUUUCAGAACUGCAGGAGCAACUGCUGGAGUGCUCCCCGCGAUUCAUUGCCCAGUACCUCGUCCCCGAUAAGCUGCUUUUGCUAGAAAAUGACGAGUCCGAGGCGGCCCUCUAUGAUGCUUUCAAGGGCGACAUCUCCAACCUGGACAGCUUUAAAGCAGAGCUGCAGAGGUGGCGGGCAAAAUGGAUGGACAUCCCCAGGAACGAGCAGCCCAAUAGCAUCCUGGCCGCUCUGCAGCACUUGAACCCCAUCUGUUACCCCAAUAUCAACGCUGCCCUCUCUGUCCUGGCCACCAUGCCCAUCAGCGUCCCAGCCGGAGAGGCGUCGUCACGGGCUUUGCGGAGAGUCAGAAUCUGGCAGAGAAACUCAUUGAGAGGGAGUUGGCUGCCCGGACUGGCUCUGACUUACGUCCAUCAGGACAUCGACGUUGACGUGGAUCUCGUUUUGGGGGAUUUUGACCGCUUCUCACGCUAACCGAGAGGGUUUUGUCGCUUUCUGACUCCGGGUAGCUGUGGAAUGCCCUAUAUCCUGUGUGCUGUUGACUCCAUGCUUUUGGAUGAAACACAGAAGGGCAUGAACCAGUUAAAUAAAUCUAAUGCAGGGAAGAGACGAUAUUGAUCCAGGAAAGCUCUGCAGGUGGGUGGCUUGAUAAUAAAAAUGUAAUUCUCUGGAA